AGACGGAGUUUCACUCUUGUUGCCCAGGCUGGAGGGCAGUGGCGCGAUCUCAGCUCACCGCAACCUCCGCCUCCCGAGUUCAAGCGAUUCUCCUGCCUCAGACUCCCGAGUAGCUGGGAUUACAGGCAUGCACCACCAGGCCCCGCUAAUUUUGUACUUAUAGUAGAGACGGGGUUUCUCUGGCUGGUCCGAACUUCCGACCUCGUGUGAUCCACCCGCCUCCGCCACCUAAAGUGCUGGGAUUACAGGCGUGAGUCACCGCGCCCGGGCCAGGCGGGAGCUUUAGGUCUUAUUUUAUCUUGCUCUGCCCCCGACAUCGUGGUGGGAGGGGAACCUUCCUCAUAUCUGGGCGCUGGCCUCUCCGGGCUUGGGAGAGAGGAACUCAGUGAUCAUAGAGCUGGCCGAAUGCCGGGGUAGAGGGGACCGGAAGUUGUUUUUUUCGCCCCCGCCCAGCGGCCGGAUAGCAUCUCAGCUGGUUGGCUUUGGUUAGAGCUCCCGUCAGACUUUCGUUCGGCCCUAGGAUUUGGUAGCCCCGAAGUGUGGGCUCUCUCCAGUACCAGACUCAUUUCAGUACCAGCCUUUGGGAAGUCGUGUGAAUACCUCGGUCUCUUAGCCACAGGGACAGAAUGGCGGCCUGACGGAGCCGCGGCGCCGGCCAAGUCGCUGAGGCGCGAGCUGGAACCCCCAGACCAGCUCAAACGGGAGCCAAAACUCGAAGCUUGGAAGAAUUAGCAGGAAAUGGCGGAUGAGGCGUUGUUUUUGCUUCUCCAUAACGAGAUGGUGUCUGGAGUGUACAAGUCCGCGGAGCAGGGGGAGGUGGUGAGUGCUGCCACACGCCCUUGAGGUCCUUUUGCGGUGACACACCUUGUUUCCCCUCAGUGCUUUCCUUCAACCCCUGUCCCAUCGCCACCCGACGCCUCCCGAGGUGUACACAAAAUGGUCCACCUCCAGGAAAACGGACGAUGUAUUACUAAGCUGGAAAACAUGGGGUUUCGAGUGGGACAAGGAUUGAUAGAAAGGUUUACAAAAGAUACUGCAAGGUUCAAGGAUGAGUUAGAUAUCAUGAAGUUCAUUUGUAAAGAUUUUUGGACUACGGUAUUCAAGAAACAAAUCGACAAUCUAAGGACAAAUCAUCAGGGCAUCUAUGUACUUCAGGACAACAAAUUUCGCCUGCUUACUCAGAUGUCUGCAGGAAAACAGUAUUUAGAACAUGCAUCUAAGUAUUUAGCAUUUACAUGUGGCUUAAUCAGAGGUGGCUUAUCAAACUUGGGAAUAAAAAGUAUUGUAACAGCUGAAGUGUCUUCAAUGCCUGCUUGCAAAUUUCAGGUGAUGAUACAGAAGCUGUAGAACAUACUGAAAUGCAAGGCUUCAACAGUGUAAAGAGAUAAAUUAUUCAUGUAAAAGUAUUUCAAGUAGUGAUGAUUUAAUUACAUUGUUCGAUGUUUGUACAGGAGUAAGCAUGUAUUUUUAUCAAUUUAAUACAGAUCAAAGGAGAUGAAGGGACAUUCUGCCAUGACAUACACUUAACCAAAACUAUUCAAAAUGAAAACCUGAUUUCAAAUAACCAGAGACCAAGAUGCAGGGCCCUUAUUUUAAACCUUUUUAUUUGGUUAGAGUGAUAUGUAUUUAGCCAUAGAUGGAGAAACAAAGCUCAGGGUUUGUUGAAUUAGCAUGAGAGAAAAUUAUGUACCAACAGAAUUAUUUGUGAGAAGAAUGAACAAAUUUUGACAAAGUAUGAAUUUGUUUUAUUUUAAAAAGCAAACAUACUAAAUUUUUUUAUUUUAUUGCUUAUAAUUUAUUAAGAAUGUUUACACCUGUAUAAGGAUUUCAUAUAUACAUUGUAUGUGUGUAUAUAUAAAUACAUAUAUGACUGCCUAAAUUGUUUAUAAAUUUAAUUUUUCUUUAAUAGGUUUCAUUCCUUCAGAGCUCCAUUAAUGUAAUCAAAAUGAAAUAUAGAUUAGUUUAAAUGUGAAUUCAGUGACUCUAGGGCCAAAGAAUGUUAGGUAUGUUUGGAAAGAAUUUUUGUAUUUAUUCCUGUUACAGUUUUGACUUUCAACUUCUCUCCCCAUGCAUGGAAGUCCUGGUAAAGGGUCUAACAUCUUUAUUCCCUUCUUUCCUCUUCCAGCUGAGCAGAGUUGGAUAAUUGAAUUAGUCAUUCUGACAUUCUUUGAACCAUAUCAUCUUAGUGGUUUGGGGUCAGUGCUCAUCUGAUAUAUCUUUCUUACCACCUCUUCUACUUACUUUCUCUUACUUAAAUUAUCUGACAUAAGCAGUUAUCUCCAGCUUUUGUUAGAAUCUUGCAUGUUGAUUACUAAAACUAUACUUUGUUUCCCAUUUAUUUAUUACCCUUUUGCAUGUAUUUGUGUGACAGGGAACUCUGCAGCAGGGGGUGACUGACACACCAAACAAGAUGUUUCAGUGGGUACUCUGCCAUAGAAAUGGCAGAUUAAGAAGAUUGACUAUACCAAACAUUAUAUUAAAAACACGAAAUAAAAACUAUAAAAAUGUACUUUAGGACAUUAAAGAAAACUCAAGUUAGAAGCAUACCAUUUUCCUUUCAUGGAAGGGUACAGUAUUACAAAGAUAAUUUGUUUAACUUGAUUUAUUAAAUUCUAGUUGUGUGCCCUAUAAUGAUGUUUCAGUCAGUGACAGACCUCAUAUAUGGCAGUGGUUCCAUUAGAUUACAAUACUGUAUUUUUACUGUACCUUCUUUAUGUUUAGAUAUGCAAGUACUUACCAUUGUGUUACAGUGUCCUACAGUAUUCACUACAAUAAUAUGCUGUACAGGUUUGUAGCCUAGGAGCAAUAGGCCAUAGCUUAGGUGUAUAGUAGAUCAUACCAUCUAGGUUUGUGUAAGUACAUUCUGUGAUUGUACAAUUUUAAAAUCUCCUAAUGAUGAUGCAUUUCUCAGAAUGUAUCCCCUUUGCUAAGCAAUGCAUGACUGCAAUCCUAAUUCUCACAUGUUUUGGGGAAAAAAUUUUAAUUUUGAAAAAAUUUAGGAAAGUUCCUACCAAAUAUACGUGUAUAAAGUUUAUUAAAAGUCAUAAUGACCCAGGAAUAGCUAAUGACACAGAAGUAGAUCAAAAUAGAAUACAAUAGAGAACUUCAAAAUAAAACAGAUGUGGGAAUUGUGUGUGUGAAAAAGGUGGGUUCAAAUAAGUUGGUUUGUUAGACAUUCAUAUGCCUACCCAUCAGCCAUUUCGUUCUCCCUUCCUUGCUGACAAAGCCCCAUUUUUUUUUUCUUUUUUUUUUUGGUCUAAAACUCUGUAUGGCUGCCUUGUGCUGUAGAAUAGGGUGCUUCCCUAGCCUAGAGAGGGUGAGUGUUGAUUAGAUUCUGUGCCAAUCAUGGUAAUUGGCUUACUUGAUCAUUAGAUGGAAUUUAGGCUAAUGAGACAAAGGAAGUCUGAAGGCUUUGAAUAAGAAAUUUUCUGUUGCUCUUAAUAAUUGAUACAAGAUAGGGAUUUGCCGGCAUCCCUCUUCUGCUUUUCAGUGAAGAUAUGUGUUAUGGAUGUUUGAAGCUAAUCUGCAACAGCCUUCUGAUGGCCAUGAAAGGACAAGUAUGGAGAUGAAAGCUAUCACACUGAGGAUAGUGGGAUGUAGAUAGAAAGCACCUGAAUUGUGCUUCUGAAUUAACCAAUCCGGGAACUGCUUUACCUUUGGACUUUUUGUUAUGUGAGAUAUUCUUUAUAUUGUUCCAUUUGCUUUGGGUAUAUGUAUAUUGUUACUUGUAGCCAAAAAGAAACCUCUCUUAGUAGAAACAAAGGGAGAGUUAGGUUAUUCAAAAAAUAGUAUGAGACAAUUGAAUAUCCCUUUUUCUGCGGCAGUAGGUGGGGAGAAACUUAAAGGUUCACUUGUAAAACAAUAAAGUACUAAAGAAUAUGUGAUAA